UUCAACCGUUCAUAUUCGCCAGUUUCGACGCAGGUUUCGACGUCGCCACGGCCUUCGGCAACGGCCCAUCCUCGCAGCUCCCCUCAUCUCCGCACUCACCGCCGCACUCCAUCCGGGAAGCAUCUCCCGCUCAAUAACUUCUUGGACGUUCAGAACAACCUUCGCGCUCACACCCAGCUUCGGCAUAUCCUCCGCAACGCACAAGUCCGCUUCGGUCUCGCCCUGUCACUCACCCACCAUGGCGAGUGGAACCUUGUUGCAUUUCGUUCAGAAUGCAGUUUUACCCCCCAUACCGCGGCACAUUACACUGUCCGGGACGUCUACCACGACGCCAACCCACCCGCUAACAGAUAUCAAUACUCUCGAGGAGUGGUCUGAUUUUUCAAUUGCCGUUCUGGCAAAUCGCCCUCUCCUUGGCAGCAAGUGGUUUCAGAAGCACAUUUACACCCCACGCACUCCGGUGUCAUCAGAGACCAAUGUGCACGCCUUUGCUGACUAUACCUUGCACGAAACCUUAAGUGACGCCUUGGAGGCGCUAGGUCACUCCGGGUACAAAAUCGUUGAUAUCACGGGCAACAACUCUGUGGUCUCAGACCCGGACAGGAUACUCGAGCAAAACGGAGGAAAACCAAUUUUGACCAUCGAGUUCAAGACCCCGUGGGCGUUUCCCAAGCAGAACGAUAUUGUGACGGCAUAUCGAAAUUCCCACCCCAAGUCCAAAGUUCGCCGCGCGAUCGACCAGAUAUAUGGCUACAUGACUUUCAACCAUCAUCGUUUUGGAGUUUUGACCACAUACGAGGAGACUUACUUCCUGCAGCGCAAAGGUUCGCAAUUAGGCGGUCAAUUGCAAAUUGUAGGCCCUUUUGGCUACAACAAAUCUACGCCAUUCACAGUCAUGGAGGCGUACGUUACGCUCCUCCUACUCGCUAUGGAUAAGUGGUUCUAUGCGUCGCCGACCACAUCGCCGUCGCCAUCUCGCUUCGGGUCCCCUGCUUCGUCGCCGUCUUCCUCCCGCCUCCGGGUGUCAUAUACACUUACCGAUGUGGAGAUCGGUCGCGUGACAUUUGACAAGGGCAGGGACAGAAGUCGUAUGGGUGCGGUGGUGGAAGGGACUUUACGAGGAGUGAAGUGAUUUUUAAAAUCGUGGACGCGACCAAAAGUACUCUCUACUCGAAGGAACUUGAUGACGAAGUGAACCAGUACCGCAUCCUGGCACCACUUCAG